AUGCAGAAUAAUGGACAUGUAAGACUUGCUUCAGAAAUAACCCCAACUCCUUAUGAAGGACCUGCCUCUGGGGUUGUUUACCCAUAGCUUCCAAAUCCAAAUAUGUAGAUCGGAUAGCCGAUUCAACCAAUAGUUCCAACUCAACAAUAUGUAAGAUAAAUCCCAUACCAAUAAUAACAAUAUCCAUAAAUUUAAUAACUACAAUAAGUUACUUACAAUCCCACAGCUAUCUAAUAAGUCUAACCAGUUUAUUCUAAAUAUCCUCAUAUGAUUACAUGUGCUUAUUGUCAAAGAUAAGUUUAAACACAAGUUUACUAUGAAGUUGGAACUGGAGCUUAUGCUGCUGGUGGACUUUUGGCUGCUGUCGGUCUUUGGUUAGGAUGUUGUUUAAUUCCAUUUUUUGUCAAAGAUUGCAAAGAUGCAGUUCACUUCUGUCCUUCAUGUUAGGCUAAAAUCGGUAAAAAGAGAUUCUUAUUUGAUUGAUAUAUGGAUAGAUUUACAGCAAAUAAUAAUAUAAGA